AUCAUAAGAAAAGACCAAAUGGAGCACUAGCGCCAAAUGAAUUAGGCAGGCACAGCAAAGCGAACUCAAUAAAAAUGAAUUAACACGCGACUCUCUCUCAGAAGAGAAGACCUCUGUGUGUUUGUAUCUCAUCUCAUCUCAUCCCAACUCUUGAGUCUCUCGCUACCAAUUAAAGGGAACAUUUACCUCCCAAAUAUGGGGAAUGGGGAAUCUACAUAUACUGAUGGUUCUUAUGAUGAUUCUCUUCGUGAACUACCUUCCCAUGCAGGGACUUCAAUGGAUUCUAAUCGUCAACCGAAGCAACAAUCCGCAUACAUAGCCGACAAUUUUAACUCUUUGGAUCAGGUUAUUUCAUCAUUGAGAGAAGCCGGCCUUGAAUCAUCAAAUUUAAUACUUGGUAUCGACUUCACAAAGAGCAAUGAAUGGACAGGAAGAUAUUCAUUCCAUAGGAAAAGCCUUCAUGCAAUUGGUAGCACGCCUAAUCCUUACGAGCAAGCAAUCUCUAUAAUUGGCCGUACUUUGUCUCCUUUCGAUGAAGAUAAUAUAAUACCUUGUUUUGGAUUUGGUGAUGCAUCAACACAUGAUCAAUGCGUGUUCAGUUUUCAUCCUGAGGGCCGAUAUUGUCAUGGUUUCGAGGAAGCUCUUGCACGAUAUAGGGAGAUUGUUCCGUUAUUAAAGUUAUCAGGUCCUACCUCAUUUGCCCCAAUAAUUGAUGCGGCAAUUGACAUUGUUGAAAACAGCAAUGGGCAAUACCAUGUUCUUGUCAUUAUUGCAGAUGGACAGGUUACCAGGAGCCCUGAUACUCCUCCUGGAAGACUCAGUCAGCAAGAACAAGCAACUGUAAAUUCCAUUGUUGCUGCUAGUCAAUAUCCUCUCUCAAUUAUCUUGGUUGGAGUUGGAGAUGGACCAUGGGAUGCAAUGCAGAAAUUUGACGAUAACAUUCCUCAGCGCUCAUUUGACAACUUCCAGUUUGUCAACUUCACCAAAAUCAUGUCAGAGAACACAGAUACAUCAAAGAAGGAAGCCGCCUUUGCACUUGCUGCCCUCAUGGAAAUUCCAUAUCAGUACAGAGCCACCCAAAGUCUUCAUUUUGUCAAUCGUGAACCAGUAGGUGGUCCUCGUACAAGGCCACUUCCACCUCCACGUGAAGUGAUUAAUCAUGAUAAUGCAGUUAAAUCAAUCCCACAAAUUACAAACGUGCAGAAAGUCGAGCCAACAGCUCCUGUAGCUCCUGUGGAACCUGUCUGUCCCAUUUGCCUGACAAAUCCAAAGGAUAUGGCUUUCGGAUGUGGUCAUACAACAUGCAAGGAUUGUGGGCUGAGUCUUCUUUCAUGCCCUUUGUGUCGAGAACCCAUAUCAACACGCCUGAGACUAUAUACUUGAGUUGGGGAUUGCUUUGUUGUAUGAAAAGCGUCAUCGUUUAUUAAGGUGCUAAUGAAAGUUUCACCUCGAAUAUAUCAUUGUAUAUUAUUCACAAUUUCACUCACAUGGCAAAAUCUACCGAUUUCUUGCGCAAGUUGGUGCCGUUCUGUAAAAUAUGUAUUUAUGUAUAACACAUUUUGAGUAUACUUUACUGCAAUAAGAAGAAAAAGGUAUGUUAUUUGUAAGUUGCAUUUGUUUA